CCAGCUUUAAUAAAAGACUGAAGGAGUAAUAUAAUUUGAUUAAUUUCAUAAAAAAAAAAAAUGAUUCAUGGUGGUUAUAAUUUAGCCAUUGAAAAAAAAGAAAAUAAAGCAACAAAAAUCAAAUAAUAAGUUGAAAACCUUGGCUUUGGGCCAUAGGCGUUGCCACAGUUCCAUUGUUUUAAGUAUCUCACUCUCAUUUUGAGCUCGAGAGACAGAGAAAGCCUCAGAUCUAAUUACGAAUCCUCGUCAUUUAUGUCCAAAAUUUCCUAAUUUUAAUCAUUCAUUUCCAGGGGCUAGGGGACUGCAAGUUUUCAUACCAUAAUCUUUGCCAGUUUUUUUUUUUUUUUUUUGCAAUGUCACGUAGACCUGUAAAUCCUACUCGGCGUUUAGUUGAUAGUGGGAACAUUUCUUUGGGAGGGUCAUUGCAAUUAAAGUCACGCUCAUCACCUCUUUUGACUAUAGGGCUUGUGCUUUUGGGUACAAUCCUUUUCUAUGCCUACUUAUACAGCAAUUCAGGUUGGAGAAGAGGGGUUGAUGUUGUGAGUAGAUUUGAAGGUGGUGUGUCAUGCACGUUAGAGCUGCAACAGGUGUUACCUAUUCUAAAGAAAGCAUACGGAGACAGCAUGCAUAAAGUAUUACAUGUAGGCCCUGAUACUUGUUCUGUAGUGUCUAAGCUAUUAAAAGAAGGCGGCACUGAAGCAUGGGGAGUGGAACCAUAUGACAUUGAUGAUGCUGAUAAUCAGUGCCAGAAGCUUGUGCGUAAAGCUAUUGUACGGGUUGCUGAUAUCAAAUUUCCUCUUCCAUACCGUGCAAAAUCAUUUUCACUUGUUAUGGUAUCAGAUGCACUGGAUUAUUUGUCUCCUAGAUACCUUAACAGAACACUUCCUGAAUUGGCAAGGGUUGCUUCUGAGGGUCUUGUUAUUUUCACUGGUUAUCCUGGACGACAACAGAGAGCCAAGGUUGCUGAGCUAUCCAAAUUUGGUCGCCCUGCCAAAUUGAGGAGUGCUAAUUGGUGGAUUAGAUAUUUUGUUCAAACAAGUCUAGAGGAAAAUGAAGCUGCAACGAAGAAGUUUGAACAGGCUGCAGUAAAGCGUUCAUACAGGCCAUCUUGUCAAAUUUUCCACUUGAAAGCAUAUCCUUGAGUUCGCAAAGAUCAUGUACUUAUACAAGGGCACAAGGCUUGGUGUGAGAGUGAUACUUAACCCUUUUCAUUACUGCAUAGCUUAGAGUAUAAAUAUAUUACAUGGUGGUGAAGAAAUUACCGAACCCUUGUAAUCGAAAUUUAGCUUAGGUAAAUCUGGGAAUGUUGUCACUCAUUUUUCUCAAUGCUAGAAUGCAUCUCUUGAAAGUUUUUCUCAAUGCCAAAUUGUCUAAUGUAUAACACAUGUUACGGGCGCUGAAAUUUAAUUUAAUUUAGAACCCCUUA